AUGAACACAGUUGCUACAGUAAUUGCUGUGCUGGGAGUCUUCUGGACUCAAGCUUAUUCAUAUGAAAUCUAUAGCCUCCCAGGAACAAACGGUGACUAUGUCCAGCAAACUGUGACUAUUAGCAAUGAACUUCAUAUUGCUGAUAUCCAUGUCCAUGCUGGGAUGUGCUCCUCUGAUACCAUUUUUGACUACAAACAUGGAUAUAUUGCUACAAGGCUGUUUUCCCGGAGGGCCUGCUUUAUCUUGAAAAUGGAGAAAGGAUAUAUCCCAGAGCUGGAAGAAAUUGGACGGCUUGCUUACGAGAAACAGAUGAUGAACAAGAUGUUUUCCGAAAAAAAACUGUGGGUGCAAUAUGAACCCAGUGAUUCUAUAUUUGGUGAAAUCAAGGAGUGGUUUACCUUUGGUAAACCCAUUGAGAAACUCUGCAAGGGUGUGCCUGUCUACAAGGUUCGCAAGGUUGAAGGUGCCAUAAGAGCUGGUGGCUGUGCUAAGGCAGGAAUCCUGGGCAUUUUGGGCAUUUCAAUCUGCGGAAAGAUCAAUGUUUAG